AUGCCGUCUAGAUCCCCAACCUUAAACAACGCAUUUCACACCCCAGACAGAAGACCGCUGGUCGCCGCCAUAACUUCCCUUCUCCAACACCUAAACCCACAAAACCAUAACUUCAAAAAUUUCACUUCAAACUCUCUUAACCAAUUCUCCGAUCACCUAGACAGUAAGCUAGUCCUCAAAGUCAUCCAAAACCAAACCAACCCAUUUCAUGCUCUUUUCUUCUUCAACUGGGCGGCAGAUCCUAACCCUAACCCCAACAAUUAUACCCAUUCUCACUUAUGCUAUAAAGCCAUCAUUGACACUUUGCUCUCUCACUCCCUCUUGUCCACAGCCACUUCACUCCUUCAACAAUCUAGUAAGCUCUCUGAUUUCUUCAUUGGUAAAAUCAUCAAAGCUUAUGGUGAUUGCGGCAAUUUUAAAGCUGCAAUCUUUUGGUUUAACCAAGCUAAAAGCAUUGAAAAUGGGAAGUGUUUGUUUUCAUACAAUUCAAUAUUGGGGGUUUUGGUUAGAGGAAAUCGGAUGAAAUUAGCUGAGGCUUUUUUUGAUCAAAUGUUUAAGGAUAAUAUGGUGCAACCUGAUGUUUCAACUUAUACAACGAUGAUUAGGGGAUAUUGUAAAAUGGGUAUGAUAGAAAAUGCUAGAAAGGUGUUUGAUGAAAUGAUGGUUGAGCCUAAUUUAGUUACUUAUAAUACUAUGAUGAAUGGGUUCUGUAAAAAAGGUGAUAUGAAGAGUGCAGGAUCGAUUUUGAAUCGGAUGAUGACGAGUGAAGAUUGCUUGCCUGACACGGUUACUUAUACUACUUUGAUUGAUGGGUAUUGUAAGAGUGGUGAGUUAGAAGAGGCAAUGAAGUUUAUGGAUGAGAUGGUGAGAAGGGGUUGCCAGCCAAAUGUGUUGACAUAUAAUGCGUUGAUUUAUGGUCUGAGUUUGAGAGGAUAUGUCACUCAGGCGAAGAUUAUGGUUACAAAGAUGAGAUUAGAUGGAUUGAAGGAUAAUAUUUCCACUCACAACAGUAUAUUAAAGGGGCUUUGCAUUGUGGGGAAGUUAGAGCAGGCUGGUAUAUAUCUUAAGCACAUGACUAAGUCUAAUAUGAAGCCGGAUGUGAUAUCAUAUCGGGUUGUUAUUAAUGGCUAUUGCAAAAUGGGGAAAUCGGAUGAAGCCAUAUCGCUCUUGAAGGAAAUGCAAGCAGGAGGCAUCAAGCCGAAUGUUUCAAGUUUCAAUGAUGUGUUUAGGAUUCUUGUGGGAAAUGAGGAGCUUGAUAGAGCUAUUUUACUUCUAAAUAAGAUGCCUAAAAUGGGUUGCCCGCCUAAUUUCAUCUCAUAUAGCACAAUAAUAUGUGGUCUUUGUAUGGCUAAAGGUCGGAUGCAAGAAGUUGAAGGGCUUCUUGAUGCCAUGUUUAGAAGUGGUCACAACAUUGAUGCCACCAUGUAUAGUUGCUUGCUAAAAGGAUAUUGUGAGGAUGGUAACUUGGAAGCGGCAAUGCGAAUUGCAUAUGAAAUGGUCAGCAAGAAAUUUGUAAUCAAUCUGGAGAGCAUUUCAAUUCUUUUCAAGGAGUUGUGUGCAAAGAUGAAAUUUACUGAAGCUGAAACACUUUUUGAAAUGUGCGUCAGAUGUCCUGUAGAUGAUAAGGAUAAUUACAGAAGGAUCUUAGAUGAGCAAAUAUCAGUGUGGAAUCUGAUAUUGCUUUUAAGUUUUGUGUCCAUUAACCUGGGAGUUGGAGUAGAACUCAUGGCUGCAAGGUGCUAUGAUGUUACCAAAUGA